AUGGUUAAGGCUCUCAUUCUACUGGCGGCCUAUGCCGUCGUGGGAGGUAACUGUUACUCUAACUACUUGAAUGGUAAAGAGUUACCGGCUAUUGAGUUUGGUGACUUUCAAGAUAAAUUACCAAAUGCUCGAAGCAACGGAAACAGGGCCGGAGGCUGUAUAUAUGCUCAGCGUAUGAGACCAACAAAGUAUGAGAUCGUUUCUCAAAGCUGCGUCGUCCCGCCGGAAUCUUGUGAAAAGUCCCGCUAUAGGACCUAUGAUGGAAGCUGUAACAACCUCGAAAAUCCCGGCUGGGGUAUACCGCAACAGCCUUACAAGCGGCUGCUACCGUUUAACUACGCUGAUGGUAUAAGUAAAUUCCCCGUGUCUGUAACUGGCGAAGAAUUGCCAAACGUUCGUGAAAUCAGCCAAACCGCAUUUCCGGACAAAGUUGUACAGGAUCCAAAAUGGAAUUUGAACGCUCAACAAUGGGGGCAAUUUGUCUCGCAUGACAUGUCACUUACUGCAUCGACUGAUAGCAACGCAGUAUGUUGCGAUGCUAAUGGUCAAUUGGGCCCAGAUGCGUUCACAGACCCCGUUUGUGCUCCCAUUAUCAUCCCGUCAAAUGACACGACACACGGACCGCAAGGAACGCAGUGUUUGAACUUUGUCAGGACUGUUACUACUCGUGACAGAAAUUGUACGUCAUCAGAUGCUCCUGCGCAGCCGAUAUCUGUAGUUAGUGCAUAUAUGGACUUAUCAAUGGUAUACGGUAACAGUGAAAGUCAGGCAAACGAACUCAGAUCGUUCCAAGGAGGUAGAUUGCUCACGGUUGUGAGAGAUGGUCGCGAAUGGCCACCACAGAACCCCAAUGUGGCAGAUAAUUGUGGACGAGUCGAACUAUCGGAUGAGCCUUGCUACCUAACCGGUGACAGUCGUAUGAAUCAGAAUCCACAACUGGCGAUUCUACAUAUCGUUCUUCUUCGUGAACACAAUCGCAUAGCAGACAGCCUGGCUGCCUUGAACCCCUCGUGGGAUGACGAGAAAAUCUUCCAAGAAGCGAGAAGAAUUCAUAUCGCUGAGAAUCAACAUAUUAACUAUUAUGAAUACUUGCCAGUAUUUUUAGGUAAUGACUAUUUGGUAAAGCAUAAAUUGAUAUAUCCUGAAGCUGAAGGUUAUGUUGAUGAUUACGACCCCAAAGUAGACCCUGCUGUUUCGGAUGAGCACGCAACUGCUGCUUAUAGGCAUUUCCACACACUGAUUCAAGGAUACUUACAUUUGAUAACGGAAGACAGACAAUUAGAAGCGUAUACCCGAUUGAGUGAUUGGUUCAACCGACCAAUUAUAGUGGAAGUGAGGGACUUCUUCGAUAAACUGACUUUAGGUUUAAUAUCUCAACCGCAAUCCUUGAGAGAUCAAUUCUGGGAUAGCGAAGUGACACAAUACCUGUUCCGUCGUAACCGAACAUUCGGAUCCGAUCUUCGAUCUCUUGACAUCCAACGUGGUCGUGAUCACGGAUUAGGAAACUACAUCGACACGCGUUCAGUGUGUGGUCUACCAGUGCCUACCUCCUUCCAGGACAUGACUGAUUAUAUAUCGCAACCUAAUGUUGAUAUCCUAGCCACCAUUUACAAGGAUAUAAGAGAUGUAGAGCUUUUUGUCGCUGCUUCGUUAGAGGAAAGCGCACCAAAUACAGAAGUUGGACCAACAUUCUUAUGUCUGCUUGCCGAGCAGUUCUACCGGACUAGAGUUUCUGAUAGGUACUUCUACGAAAACGGUGCUGAUCCUGAAAUAGCAUUUACACUAGAUCAACUCCGCUCAAUACGAAGUGGGUCAUCUAUGGCUCGGCUCCUGUGCGAUAACGCGGACAAAAUUCAGUUUAUGCAGCCAAGAGCCUUCGAGCUGGUAUCAGAAGGAAAUGUGCCAGUUCCAUGUGAUAGCUUACCUAAAAUAGAUUUGAGCUUAUGGCAGGAAUAA